CACAAAAAGAAUUCAAGAGGAGAGUCACUGAAAUUAAAGAUGAAUAUUGGUUGUACCACCUAUAGUUCUGCCUUAAUAUUUGUCUUGCUAUGUUCUGUGUUAUUAUUAGAACUUAACGUCAUUACAGCACAGAGGUUGUUUAGGAGAUCAAGAAAACAACUUUCUCGUUUGGAUAAGUCUGCUGUUGCCACUAUCCAGACAAUCCAUGGAGACACAUAUAAUUGUGUGCAUUUCUACAAGCAACCGGCAUUUGAUCAUCCUUUAUUAAAGAAUCGUAAAUUUGAUUAUCAGUUGAACUCUUCUUUACACGGUUUCGAAGCAAGAGCAACAGACUCAAGCUCAUUUGGUGGCGAACACUUAGACAUAUGGUUGAAUGGUAAAGGAUGUCCAAUUGGAACGGUGCCAAUUAGAAAAACUACAAAAAAUGAUUUACUUAGAGCAAAUUUAGCUGUUGCUGUAACGUCCAACCUCAAUCCGGGAGUUCAUGUUGCAGUACUAAGGUCUACUGGGGACAAAAGGUACCAUGGAGCUGGAAUGUACACUAGUGUAUAUAAUCAUGAGGUUCAAGCCAAUCAAUACACUUCUAGCCGUUUCAAACUCCAAAAUGGCCCUGAUAGUAUUGCAGUGGGAUGGGUAGUUAAUCCGAGCUUGUAUCAAGAUUCGUACACUCGACUUUUCAUAUACACAAUGACGAAAGAUGUGCAUUGCUACAACACUUACUGCCCUGGAUUCGUGGUGACGAAUCAUGAAAUACCAUUGGAUGUUAUUCUUUCGCCUGUUUCCAGAAGAGGUGGACCGACAUAUGAACAAAAUUUUGUUAUUAGCAAGAAGGAUCAUUACACUGGAGAUUGGAUUCUCAGGUAUGGAAUUCACAAUAAGGUUUUGGGAUUUUGGCCGAGAGACAUAUUCACGGGGUUAGCAGGUUUUGCUAACUAUGCGGAAUGGGGAGGAGAAGUUUACAGUCCUCCAGGUUCCGUCAUUCCAAGGAUGGGAUCUGGUUGUCGGCCUUAUGGAGACGCAAAGCUGGAUGGUUAUGCUAGAACUAUCAUGGUUGUGGAUGAAAAUGAGCAGGAUGAUUAUAAUCCCGCAGAUUGUAAAAUCUAUCAAAGUGAUAGAGUACACUAUUGGGCGAUUGAUAAAGGAGAUGUUGGGGGUACUUGGCGACGCCUUAUUGAGUUUGGUGGGAAUAGCUUGCUUUACAAUCCGAAUCUUCCGUAUGCUUGUUGAGAGUCAUUACCCAAUAAUAACAUUUUUGUUUAGGUAAAAAAAUAUUAAUAAAAGCUUGUUUACUUUGAAGUUUGCCACUAAUUUAAGAGCGUACAAGCUUUCGAAUUUCCAUUU